CUGCAAACGGGCCCUGUUGUGGUGGCGCCAUCAGGGGUCUAGGUUACACAGGGCAGAGGUUGGUGGCUGUGGCGGGGGCUGGGCUGGUUGUGGCUAGUUCAAAUAAUUCAAAUAUAAUUGAUCAAUUUUGCCCUGAUAUUUGAUUGACUGGGUGGCCGAAUUGGUUUGUUUGGAUUUGAAUUUGAAUAAACAAAUCAAAUAUAUUUGAAUUGCGGCGAGCCUUGCCUCAGAGACCCUUGCCGUCCCGUCUCGCGCUCCUGUCACAGCGAUCUUCAGUGCCCGGCACGGAGAUCCCGAUUCGAUCGGCCACGGGGGAAGACAGGCUGCGGCGGUUGUCUAUAAAAGGCAGACUCGAUUCCCUUCAGGGUUGAGCCGUAUCUGUCCAUCCUCAUCCUCAUAAUCAAUCCCCUUACCCUCCACUAGUAUACCUCCAAAUCCAACUCCCCAAGAUGGUUUCUCUUCGCUCUCUCAUCGCUGGCGUCGCCCUCAUCGCGGCGCCGGUCAUGGCAGCCAUGGAGCCCGCCGAUAUCAAACUGACCUUCAACAUCCUGGAGGCGAGCGCUGAAUCUCUCGAGGAGGUCGCCCAUAGGAUUAACCCGGUCAAUGCCCUUUCGCAGCUUAUUCGCCAGGGCCCUCUCCAAGAUCUGCUCGAAGGCUUCGCCGAAAUGACCUCGACCACUAACGACGCCGAUGCCGAGCUGGAGGGAUCGUCCCCGAUCCCCGACGGCGAAGAAGCCGACGAUGUUUUCUACGCCCUCCGCGAUUUUGUUCGUCGGCACCAAGUCCUCUCCAACAUCCUGAUGGGCAAGGCGUCCGAGCUCCAGGAGACCCCCUCUGCCGGCCCGCCGAUGGUUGACGCGGUUGGCAAGCUUAAGCUUGCCUACGAGGCCUUCGGCAAUCACACUGCCGCCCUUGUCGAUGAGAGAAACAACGAUUGGCAGUCCCUGUCCGACGAGCUCUCAGAGACCUUCAAGUACCUCAUCCAGGAGUACGAGAAGCUCACCGACCCGACCGCGUAAAGCAUAACGGGGACAUACUGAACGUACCAAUUAUUAUUGCUCUGUAUCACUUCCCAAGUGUGCUUGAAUCGUUGCCAGUGUCAAGCGAUGACUCAUGCAGCCGGGCGAGCAAGGAAGGUCGCCCGGGGGAAGACAAGCAAGCGUGAAGGUCUCAACUGAAAAGGAUACCAACCUGGAGCCUAGACUAAUAGUAAUCGGUUGCCAUACAUCAAUCAACUUUGGGCAUUACCCCCUCCCAG